CUGACGCCAUAAAUCCCUACGUGGAUAUCGGGUGGAAGACAAUUUGUUGUAGUUCAAGAUGAAUUUCCAAUAUUUAGGACUCUUCUUUUUCCUUUAAAAUGGUCUUAACAAAAUCUUAUCUGCGUUACGUCGAAGCUGGAAUCUUUGGCGUAGUGGGAAGUGCUAGAGCUAAUGUGUGUCUUGUUCAAAGUGGCGAGAAAAGACGUGAAAUUUGCCGCGCGAUUGUUCCCGCACUAGAAAAUGUAUAUAUUUGGGACGCUAGACUUGGCGAAAAAGUGAAUGUCUUACAAGGUAACAAGAGCGAAGUGACUUGUCUCUGCCUCAGUCCUGACUCUGAACAUCUUGCUGUUGGGUAUGGCGAUGGUGUCAUCAGAAUUUGGAAUAUAAAUAAUGGUACAUCCUCAGUGACAUUUAGUGGUCACAAGACAGCAGUUACAGCUCUUAACUAUGAUUAUACUGGUGUCAAAUUGGUGUCUGGAUCAAAGGAUACAGAUGUCAUUGUUUGGGAUAUAAUUAAUGACUCAGGAAUGUUCAGACUUAAAGGUCAUAAAGGAAUGGUGACUUGUUGUCGGUUUCUUCAUUUUCAAAAUGUUCUUAUAACUAGUUCCAAAGACACUUUCGUGAAGUUUUGGGAUCUUGAUUCACAGCAUUGUUUUCUUACCUUGGUUGGUCAUAAAACAGAGGUUUGGGGCUUUGUCGUCGUCAAGAAUGAAACAAGGUUAAUUACUGGUUCUGCAGACAGUGAAUUAAGAGUUUGGAAAAUUCAGUACAAGGAUGAUAGAACAGAAAGACGCGAAGAAACGAGAAAACGAAAGACAGCAACGCAAUCUAGCGAGGAUGGUAAAGGAGAAAUAGAGGUACAUAAGAGGUGUUUGCUUCGUACAAUGAUUGGCAUGGUCAACUCGCGUAGUAUUGAUCUUUCACGAACUUAUAUUGGUUGUCAUGGUGCUAAUUCUACGUUAGAAAUGUUUCGUCUUGCAUCAGAAACCGAAAUAAAAAAACGCUUGGCAAAAAGACGAAAAAAGAUUUUAAAGAAGCAAAGAUCACAAGGAUUGGAAGCCGACGAGCUGACGGUUUCUGAAAACGUCUUAGCCACCGUCGAAGACGAGAUUAUAAAAUUACCCGAUGUUAAAGCGACCUCAAAGAUAAGGUCAUUUGACUUUGCAUUGAAUUCAAAUAAUGAUCUAAAGAUUUCAUUAUUACUACACAACAACAGCGUAGAGUUUCAUGUCUUCAGUGAAGAAAAGAAAGAUUCAACUAAUAUACUUUCCAUAAAGACACCUGGUCAUCGUAGUGAUGUAAGGACUUUGUCAUUCAAUUCUGACGAUUCCUGCAUCCUCUCUGGUGCAGCUGAAAGAUUAAAUUGUGGAACAGGGUACAAUAAAACAGAUUUUUAA